AUGUGGGAGAAGCAGACUGCCCAUGAGCGUAGUCGGUUUGAACGAGAGUACGGUGAACUCAAAAGGCAAAUUGAGGAAGACCCGUAUGGCAUGAUUUUCGGAAGACGCCUCACUCACCGAUACCCUUUUUCAUUGGGACAGAAAAGUAACGCAUAUGGCUCCUUCUAUCGACGUAUGUUCGGUGUUGAUCGCGAUGCACCGAAUCAAUACAGUGCUACAUCGAAACAAUCCUCCGAUCCAUCCCACACUGCAGGAAAUGAUAGCCCUCAUCCUCAGGGCAGUAGUUCCUCAGAGACCACCCUAGAUAACGAUACUAUGUUUCAAUUUGACCCAAUCAGUGGGAGAAUGGUUCCUAGAGACGAUUCGAAAUCUAACAGCACUGGUACUUCGGAAGACGCAAUUGAUAUUCCCGUUCGGACGUCUUAUUCCAGCAUCGGAGAUGCCUCUCCUGUUUUGCAGGAGGUUGAAAAGUCUUUUCAAGAUAGCAAAGCACAUAACAAAUUGUUAAAUUCAAGUUUGGAAGGAACAUCCGGCCAACGGCGAAUCGAUGGAGUAUGGCUGAUGGGAAGCCCACAAGCUGAUGGAAUUAAAGAUUUUGAUAACCCGCCUACGCAGAAUGGUCACGUCAGAAUAUUGAACGAAGAAACGGGCCAUAUUGGAUGUCAGCCAAAGCAGUUGACUUCGCGAAAGCACCCACUCUUCACCCGUUUCAAAGAUUAUCUCACUGCCAAGUUUGAUACUUACAGCCACGAACGUGCCGCGAAAGUAAAAAGAAACCAAGAAAUGGCAGAAGAUGCUCUCCGCUCAGAGUUGACUAACCCCCAUAGCAUUGUUUACACGGAUCCAGAAAGGCUAAACAUUGAGUCUCUCCGUGCCCGAGAUGUACGCUCUUCAUUCGAAGCACGAAAAUCCAAUCUAGAAGCUCAGAAAUGGGAGAGUACACACAAUACUUCUACUUUAGAUAGACAUCCUCAUGUGGUUAUUGGCAAAGGGCAUGUUGCUGCAUCAAACCCCGCCCGAAAUAUCAAAGAUAUUCAGGAGGAAGACAGAAGACUGGUUGAAGGUAUUCGGGCCAUUUACGAGGAGACUUAUGGACGCAUCACCGCAACGCACAGGCAAUGUCAAGAAGACGUUGGAAAGAGGGAUAUAGAGUCCAAUACCAAUGUCGAAAAACAAAAUAAUAUUUCAUUAUUCAAUAAGCUGGAGAGGGUGGUGUGGGAGCUUGAGCGAACAAAUAGUGCUAUUUGGAAUUCAUUGCGUAAAUUCGAAGAAACCCAAGAACAGCUGCAACAGAUUUCAAACCAGUCGGCCAAUCUCCACAAUUCUGUGAAGUCUGGACCCGCAGCCUUCGGCCUUUCCCCCACCUCCCUGAUGGAAUCACAAGGUUACGAGAUGGUGUCAGAAAUGGGUGACGUUCUGAUUUUCAGAAAGACAAAGGUGGAUGUUGGAGGCCCCGAAAUGAAAUAUCCCCAAAGCCAACGAUCUUGUGCGGACGACUCAACCAACGAUCCCAAAAAUACCAAUAACUAUAGUUUCGGUCCGAGCACCACCACACCUGAAGUCAAUACUAAUACAUCAACGGAAACAGCACCAAAAGCACCCUUUGAGGAUGAUAAAUCCAAAGCGAAGCUAGAAGGCACAGAAUGGGAACCGACUACACCAGACGACACUAUGCCUGGGUCUAACACCGCCUACGGCCAUGCUUCCUCACACUCGGUGCACUCUCUAGGCAGUGCGGCUCAACUUGAACAAGAUUCCAUCAUUAAAGAUUUCGAGGAGCAUAAAACUAGCGGUUCAACAGACCCGCAUCCUCCGGGAACCCCCAUCACAGUUCGCCGACAGGAAACCCAUUAUACAGGCGGUCCACCAAACUGGUCUCCAUAUCAACCAGGAAUAGAAUCGCAGCCGUCACCUCCUCUACCGUCGGCGUCUUUCCCACCGCACGAGUCCUCAGCAAGCGGUGAGAAACGAGGAAUUUGGAGUUCGCUCCGGAAAACACUUCGUCGCAUGUUGCUUACCGGAGCCGCUGCUGGAGGAUCGUGCUAUGCUCUUGGUGUAGUAGCGGAGUAUUUCCGCACGGGAGGACAGGAUGGAUUGGGCCCAAGAGGGUUUACGGGGCUGGGAGGUAGGUAA